AAAACUUUUUUGUCAUUGUUUAAACAUUCUCUCUGAGCCCUUGAAAGAGACACAUUAGUUUAUUUUAAAGACAACAAAAUACUUUCUAUAUUUAUUAACAAGAUGGGUUCCUACACCCAUUAUGCUUGCACCCUUAUUGUGGCACUCGCCGUUAGCUUGCGAGGCACUUCAGGCCAAUUGAAUAUGAAUCAUGUAUGUGCCUUGGUAAAUAAUGGCCUAAUGAUUGGCUCCAUGGAAUAUUGUGAUACCUAUUAUGUUUGCCAAAAUGGUAAAGCCACUCACCAACAAUGCGCCUCCGGCUAUUAUUUCAAUAAGGAAAGUCAAGUUUGUCAACCCCAGGACCAGGUUCAGUGUUUGGCUGCUAAUGCUGCACCAUGCUCAGGUUUUGCCGUUGGCCAAUGGGCACCUGUAGCAGGUUCCUGCACUGAUUUUUACUAUUGCAGUCUUAAUGGACCAGAACGCUCCACUUGUCCUUAUGGCGAAUAUUUCAACCCCACCACUCAGUCCUGUGUCUAUGCCGAUCAAUACAAUUGCAUGCAGGCAGCGCCUCCAUCUGAGCCCGAUACUACUGGCACCAAUAGUGCAGAAGAUAGCACUGAAGAAAGCAUAUCGGUGUCCUUACCCAUUAACUUAUGUAUUCUCAUACAGGCAGGCAUAUACUUUGGCAGCCCCAGUAGCUGUAGUGGCUGGAAUAAAUGUAACAAUGGUGUCAUGAUUAGUGGCAUAUGUCCCAAUGGUUUGGAAUACAAUGUCCUAACCAUGUCAUGUGAUUAUGCCUCAAGUGUCACCUGCUCUCAGGUCACCAAUGAUCCAUAUUUAACACCCAACAACUGCAGCACCGUGAAUGCCAUGAAGGCUGGCCCCACCUGUGACUCCUAUAUGGUCUGCGAUGGCACCAGCUACCAAAUCAACCACUGCCCAAGUGGAGAGUACUACGAUAUGGUUAGCCAAACCUGUGUAGAUCGCCUAGAAGCUCGCAACAAUUGCGAUCGCUGUGAGGGCACCACCAAAACCUUUGUCAACAUGUACUCGGCCUACAACUGUUCCGGUUAUUUGUAUUGUGUCAAUGGUGUUGAGGUAUCCUCUGGUUAUUGCACCAAUGGUACUUAUUUCAAUGAAGAAGAAGGUGCCUGUGUUACGGGUGUCUCUGAACCAAUGUUUGGCUGUUGUAAUCCCCAAUAUUAUGGCGCUAGUGCUACUACCCCAACUGUUGGUGGCAACUCCACAACUGCUGCUGGCAACUCCACGACUGUUGCUACCAGCACCACGGAAUCUAGUGUCAAUGCUACCAGUGAUGCAUCAUCAAAUGCAAAUUCGAAUUCCACUACUGCUGCAGUAACCGUUACCACCCUUGCACCCACCAAUGGAACAGAUGCUAAUAGCACCUCUACUACAAUUGGUUGAAAUAAUUCACUAGCA